AUGACUUCAAUUUACCACUACUCAUAUUUUUUCCCUAUUGCUUUAGGAGCUCAAUAUGUUGCUCCAGUUGCCCUUGACCCAGAAGCUUCUGCCGAGGUUCCAAAGGGUCUUUCUCCAGAAGCUCCAGCCGCUGUUCAGAAGCCUUUUUCUCCAAAAGCUCCAUCUGCUGAUCCAGCUCCCUUCGAGCCAGAAGCUACUGCCGCAGCUCCAGUCAGAGAAGAAGCGCCAGAGGCUGUUCCUGAUCCUCUUGCGCCAAAGGGUUUUAUUCAAGCUGCAGCAUCUCCAGUAAGAACUUUGGAGAACGAAAUUAAACAGCGUGAGCGAGAAGUCGAAUUUUCGGAGGAUACAGGAGUUUUUGAUCCUGCGGUUCAUGCAGAUAAAGAUUAUGAAUUUGGUGGUAUCGUGUUUGAUGAACCAGAUCAAACUGAAAACCACGAUUCUCUACCGAAUCCACACAGGGACCCAGAAGUAACUGUUGAGCAGGAGGAGACAAUUCAACCAUCGGAAACUCGCUCUCCAUCUCCGGAAAUUUCGGUUCAAGAAGAUCCUGUCCAUGAAAGAGAGCGAACGCCGGUUCUUCGUCCAGCAGAAGCACCAGAAACACCAGCAGAACCAGCAGGACCGGAAGGACCGGUAGGAACAGCAGGGCCAGCAGGACCAGCAGGACCAGUAGGAUCAGCAGAACCAACAGGACCAGCAGGGCCAACUGGACCAGCGUCACCAGCGGCUGCACCAGCAACACCAUCAAAAACAGCAGGACCAGUAGGAACAGCAGGAAAGGCAGGACCAAGAUCACCAGCAGCUGCACCAGCAACACCAUCAAAAUCAGCAGGACCAGUAGGAACAGCAGGGCCUGUAGGAACAACAAAACCAACAGGACCAGCAUCACCAGCAGGAUCAGAAUCACUAGCAGCUGUACCAGAAACACCAGCAGAACCAAGCACACAAGCAGCACCUGCAGCACAAGCAACGCUAGCAGCCCCAGCCGCACCAGCCACACCAGCAGUCACUCCUCAGAGAAAGAGCGGACGCAAGCCGCAGACCAAGAGAGCUGCAUCAACUCCAGCUGCUUCUGCUGUGAAGCGCGGACGUCAAAAGAAGGAGGCGAAAAUAGAGGAGGAAAGUGAAUUGCAAGACAAGGACACCGAGCCGAAGCGCCGUUCUGCUCAAAUUAGAGCUUUUGAUAAAGUUGUCUUCAAUCUUUGUGUUUAA